GGUUUCAUAUGACUCUGCAGAGAAAAGGAAUCUACAAGCACCUCUCUCAAGAAGGGUUUCGACUAGAGAUUAAAAAAAUACAAAUGUCAACUUCCCCACCAACCUCUUGUGAUUGGAUGCUCCUGGUUGAACAGAAGAAUAUAAAUGUUCGGGUUACAACCAUGGAUGCUGAGCUGGAGUUUGCCAUCCUGCCCAGCACAACUGGCAAACAGCUUUUUGACCAGAUAGUGAAGACCAUCGGGCUGAGGGAAACCUGGUUCUUUGGCCUCCAGUAUCAGGACAGCAAAGGCUUCUCCACCUGGCUCAAGCUGAACAAGAGGGUGACAGCUCAAGAUGUGAAAAGGGACAACCCUUUGUUGAUUAAGUUCAGGGCCAAGUUUUACCCUGAGGAUGUCACUGAUGAACUGAUCCAGGAGGCAACGCAACGGCUCUUCUUUCUGCAGGUAAAAGAGAGCAUCCUAAACGAUGACAUAUACUGUCCACCCGAGACUGCAGUUCUCCUGGCAUCAUAUGCAGUUCAGGUCAAACAUGGAGACUAUAAGAAAGACUAUCACGUACCGGGAUACCUGACAAGAGAGAAGCUGCUGCCACAGAGGGUUUUGGAGCAGCACAAACUGAAUAAGAAUCAGUGGGAGGAAAGAAUCCAGGUGUGGCAUCAAGAGCACAAGGGAAUGCUGAGGGAAGACGCCAUGGUGGAGUAUUUGAAGAUAGCCCAGGAUUUAGAGAUGUACGGGGUCAACUAUUUCAGCAUCAAGAACAAGAAAGGAUCCGAGCUGUGGUUGGGAGUGGAUGCCCUGGGUCUCAAUAUCUACGACAAAAAGGACAAAAUGACCCCAAAGAUUGGAUUCCCCUGGAGUGAGAUCAGGAACAUAUCCUUCAAUGACAAGAAGUUCCUCAUCAAGCCAAUCGACAAGAAGGCUCCGGACUUUGUUUUCUACGUGCCUCGUCUUCGCAUCAACAAACGUAUCCUGGCGUUGUGUAUAGGGAAUCAUGACCUAUACAUGCGCAGACGUAAACCUGACACCAUUGAAGUGCAGCAGAUGAAGGCCCAGGCCAGAGAGGAGAAGAACAAGAGGCAGAUGGAAAGGGCUCUGCUUGAGAGUGAGAAGAAAAAGCGAGAAAAUGCAGAGAAAGAAACAGAGAAGAUUGCCCGAGAGACCAUGGAGCUGAUGGAGAGAUUGAGACAGAUUGAAGAGCAGACAAAGAGAGCUCAAGACGAGCUGGAGGAGCAGACCCGGAGGGCUCUUGAGUUGGAGAAGGAGAGGAGAAUUGCUCAGGAGGAGGCUGAGCGCCUGGACAAGGACCGCAGAGCUGCUGUGGAAGCUAAAGCAGCUCUGCUCCACCCUUCUGAAACCCAGAUCAAGAACCAGGAAAGCUUGGCCACUGAGCUGGCAGAGCUUACCUCCAUGAUCUCCCAGCUGGAAGACGCCAAGAAUAAAAAGGACGAGGAGGCGACGAGCUGGCAGAAAAGGGCGUUGAUGGUUGCAGCUGAUUUGGAGCGAACCAAAGACGAGCUGAAGACUAAACUCAUAGGUGUCCACAUUCAGGAUUCGGUCCACCCCCACAUGCAUGAGCAUGACGAGACGGACGAGAGCAGCGCAGAGGCGAGCGCUGAGCUGACUGCUCCAGGCACGGUCCGAGAUCGCAGCGAAGAGGAAAGAGUGACAGAGGCUCAGAAGAACCAGAGACUGCAGAAAAACCUCAAGUUCCUCAGCACCGAGCUGGCUGCAGCUGUAGAUGAGAGCAAAAAGACCCCCAAUGACCUGAUCCAUGCUGAGAAUGUGAAGGCGGGCCGUGACAAAUACAAGACCCUGCGUCAGAUUCGCCAGGGCAACACCAAACAGCGAAUUGAUGAAUUUGAGUCCAUGUGAGAAAGUCUGUUGUAGGCCUACACUCUGACUGAAGGGUAGACGGUGAAUUGGACACACUGACAGAUUUCAGAAGUGUAAUUGCAGACAACGGCAUAGGUAGUAAAUUAACCUGGAGUUGAAUAUGACAGCAAAUUAUAUUGAUGCUGCGCUUUGAUGCCAAUGUCCAGGAUUUAACAUAGUUUCACUGAUAGACUAGAGCACACACCUCUGCCAAGGACCAACAGCCCUACACAUCUGUCUCGCGACCACUAUUAUUAUUAUGUCAUUUUUAUUAAUUACAUGUUGAUUGAAAUACUGACGUAAGCCUUCCUGAAUAAGACUGGUGCCAUUUGCAAUUAUCCAAUUGUUAAUAAUAUGUACACCUCUGUAAUGUGGAUUCAGCAUUUUCUUCCACCAGAUCCAGAUUAUUAUCCAUAAUCUAUAUAUGUAGAUAUGUUAAGUGAUAUUAUCUGUAUAUGGAGAUAUUAUCUUAGAUCUCUCUUGCUAAGAUGUUAUCCUAUGUCUUUGCAUUAUUUCCUAAAAACUUGACAGAAAUUUGGAAAAAUGCCAGUCUCACAAUGUUAAGGAAAGUGAUGUAAAAAAAAUGAUCUCAGAUCUGCCCCCUUAACUGGAUCCGCACCAGUGAACUCAUGCAAUAAUUGUUUUUACCGAUUACAGACAGACAGACACGGGUGAACACAUUACCUCCUUGGCCGAGGAAAUAAGUCAAGAAAAUGACAACCCUCCUUCUGAAUACAUUUUUAAUCUCAAAGGAUAAAGAAACACAUUACCAGUUUAGUUCAGUGUUUGAAACAUAUGACGCUAUCAGUGCUCUCAACUUUAAAAAAGCUUUACUCGUGCCAACUCAUGACAAUCCUGUUUAUACUGAAUAAUGAAAGCUAUGACACAGUAACAGGGCACUUGUUAUUACUCAAACUAAAUGUCAAAUCCUCUACACUUGAUUGCAGUAAUAAAAUACCCAAAAAAACUACCAGUGUGUGUGUGUGUGUGUGUGUGCGUGCAUUAGUUCCCAUGUGCAUGCAUAAGCAUCACCUCCAGUGAGCCUAAUGAGGCAAACUGUUUGUGCAGCAGAAAAACUGAAGGGCUGUAAUCAAAAAUAAAACCCAAUUAUCACCUUCUAACUCAGACAACAAAAUGCACUGGGACUGAUGUUAUGUGUCCCCAAUUCCUCCUCUUGAGCCGCUGCACCUCGACUGCCUCGACUUCAAAACGCAGGGUUUCCCCCCCCCCCCAGAAAAAUACCCACACAGACA